AUGAACGUGUCAUCUGCCAACGUCACCAUGGUUACAUCCUACCGGGAUUCCAUUGGAAAAGCUGUGACCAAAAAUAUGAUUGUUGUGAUUCUGGGGAUCUCUAUGAUCUACAUCAAUGCAAACCUCAUUCACACCUUCCGAAAACACCAGGUAUUUUACGUGAAUCCUCGGUACAUCCUUUUCAUCCACCUGGUGGUCAACGACAUGAUCCAACUGACGCUGACAGUCCUUCUCUUCCUCCUCAGCUACAUCAUCUACAAAAUAAAUGUCUCCAUCUGUUGUGUGUUAAUGUUGAGUGCACUUUUCACUACUGAAAACACUCCUCUGAACCUGGCUUGCAUGGCGGUGGAGUGCUACAUCGCCGUCUGCUUCCCCCUUCGCCACACUCGGAUCUGUACAGUCAGGAGAACACAGUUGCUGAUUGGUCUAAUCUGGUUUGUAAGCAUGUGUUCUGUUCUUCCUGAUUUCUUUGUCACCUUGGCAACUGAGCCCGUAACAUUUUUUCACAUGAAAGUGUUCUGUCUCAGGGAGACUGCCUUCCCAAAUCCACACUUGAUCAGGAAGAGAGACAUUACGUAUCCGGUGUAUCUAAUGAUUAUUUGUUUGGUUAUUGUUUACACUUACUUCAAGAUUGUGUUCACUGCAAAGUCAACCAACAAAGAUGCCAGAAAAGCCAGGAACACGAUCCUCCUCCAUGGCGUUCAGCUCGUGUUGUGUAUGGGUUCAUACAUUAUGCCCACGUUGGGUCAUGCUAUACGACAGUGGUUUCCCAAACAUUAUUCUGACUCCAUCUUUGCUGGUUACAUUGUUGUGCAGAUUCUGCCACGAACCAUUAGUCCAUUCAUAUAUGGCAUAAGAGACAAUACUUUCAGGAGGUACCUUAGAAAGUAUUUAUUGUGUCAAAAGAGCAUGUAA